AUGAUUGUCAAUAAUCCCAAUGGAAAUAAUUUAAUAAAUCUUAUUCCUGCUGCACCAAAAAAUCUUAGAAAGAGAGAAAAAGUUGGUGGUUCUUCUUAUGCGAAUUUGAUCAAAGGCCUUUGUCUGAUGAUGAGGACAGGCAGUGAACUGAAGCGGUUGGUGGUGCAUAUUGUAGGGAACAGAUGGGCUCAGAUUGUGGAGGAAAUGGUUUGUGUAGAAAUAGAAGGGAUUGAAAAGGAAACGAUGAAGCUGUCUGCCCCUUCGUCGCGUCCUGAUAAAACCCUAGAGGCGCGCAUCAUUCUGGACACCCUGGAACAGCGACAAGCUGAAUCAUCUUCUGGUUUGACGAUGACGAAGAAAGAGUUAAUUUCGGUUGAUCUUCAGCCAUCUCCUGAAAGGAACGAAUUGGGGACGGCCAACCCAAAUCCUCUUAAACCAGGAAAUGUAUUCUCAGUGCUGCAAAAUUCGGAUGAAAGAGAUAAUGAAUUUCCUUUAACAAAGGCCAAAUGUCAUAAGAUAGCUUCGGUUUCCUUUGAUACGCUUCCUGCUACGGUGAUCACAAAUCGUUUUGCUGUGCUACAAACGAUAGAUGAGGUGGUGAAUGAAGUUACUAGUGUGGAAGGAGAAGAGCAUGUUGAAGAUGCGUAUGUUGAAAACGCUCCUACACAACAUGAAUCUCAGAGUGAUACUGUGAUAUUUGAUGUUUUGAAUGAAGUACUGAUGCUUGAUGACGAAGCAUGGAUUUGCAUGGUGCUUAGGACAGGCGGUGAUGAUGACCUAGGCGGCGGUGAAUGGCCUAAAACUUGCAAGAUAGAGCCUCGGGUGUCUCCCGAGGGUAGACUGUCCGAUGCUUAA